CCCCAAAAAGGAUUGAGAGAAAUAAUUUACCAGUACAGCACCAAACCAACAGUGCGGCGCGGGCGUGGCAGCUAUAACUGGCCACGUUACGACGUUAACUCGCUACAGGACACUAGUGUCUGGUUCCGGUAGAGUAUCCGAGCAAUCUCAUCAGUUAGGUCAGGUGGUUGCUGCUGAAAAUGACCAUCACGCCCUCACUCCCCGUCUCCCCGGACGCGUCUAGCCUAGCCCAGCCCAGCCCAUACUGAUGGGUGCCUGUGCGUGCACGACCGAGCAGCUUUGCUCCGGCAUUAAUGGCGGCGAGCACACCGGAAACCUGAUCGGAGGCCCCACGCAUCCAUCAGCCUCCUGCCUCUGCCUGCCCGUCGUCGGCCAGCUACAUUAACGCCGCCCUCUUAAUUAAAUUGCCGUCGCUCGCCUCCCGCUGCCAUCCAUGUCCAUCGUAUUCGUACUACAGUGACGCAUCCUGCUUCACCCGCCCACCUCGCACGGACGGGACGGCGCACUCCAGCUCCAUACAGCUCGAUCGCGCGCGGUCCAUGCCCGCGUACGUCGUCCAUUCUACGGAGUAGCUAGCUCUCUAGUACAAAACGCCGCCUCGAUCCUUCCCACCCUCCCUCACGGCUAGGCCAACUAGCUCCUGCGCAGCGCAUGCCGGCCGGCGGCUCGUCGUACCUGGCGACCAUGGGCCGCCGGAGCUUCUCCUACCACAGGCUCAAGAAGCUCCCCGCCGCCGCUCCCUCCUCUCCUCCCCAUCCUCCCGCCACGACGACAACCCCUACCACCGGCCUCGAUCAAGGAGGAGACCCGCCGUGCGCCACCGCGGCUGCCAUCGAGGAGUCGUACCGGUCCUACUACCGCGCGCUGGUGGCGAGGGGGCGGCGGCCGUGGCGGGGCAGCGGCAGGCCGCGGCGCCGGCGCCUGAGGGUGUGGGGCGCCCUGGCGCGCGCGCUGCGGCGGAGGGCGGCGGCCGCCGGGGCCCGGGUGCGCGCGUCCGUCGCCAGGGUGGCGCGCCGGCUCAGGGAGGGCCGGCCCUACGUCGGGGACCUCUUCGCCGGGAACUACAUGUUCCUGCAGGUGACGCCGUCGCCGACGACGACCGUGGGCGGCGGGACGCGCGGCGCCGUGGUUCCCUUCGCUGAGUACUACUACGGCUGUAAGGCCAGGGCCAGGGCGGAAGCCGGCGACGGCGCGGUGCAGAUGCACCCUGCUGUUGCUGCUGCUGCUGCUGCGGUGCUCUACAAGGUGUAGCGUGCAGCUCGCACUGCUUGCUGGCUGCUGGUUCCAUUGCAUGCGUGAUGUCAAAACAGCGAUAAAAUCAUCCUGUGUUGUGCACUAGAGUCACCGAUGUAUGUAGACUUCACUUCCACUGGCCUGAUGGUUUGGAAAUUAGUGUUCAAAUAUGGGUAAAUAAAUGUUGUUGCUCAAGGUUGGAUUGGAAAUUGGGUUAGUUUUUUUUUUCCGCCAGUGCUUGUUGUUGAAGGCUCGUAGGCCCAAGUGGCCAUUAUACCAGAUUGCAAUGCCAGUACUGCACCCAAAAUAAAGAACUCAUUCGGUC